AUGGCUGAUUCAAAGACCCUCCCCGUAAUAUAUUCCGGCUCCCGCUUACAAAUGGAUAAGUUACUACCAAAAUUGAAAGAUAUUAACAAGAGUUUUGGCCAAGUUCGCCAGUACGCCUCGGAGAAGCUUGGCACUGCCGAAGAAAUAACGGAUCUUCCUCAAGAAUAUAAGGACCUUGAAAAGCGUGUUGAUGCCCUAUACACUGUUCACACGAAUUUGCUUCGAGUUACCCGUAUUUAUACGAAUUCUUCUUAUGACUACCCAGGACAAUUGCAAGAAUCAGUAGUCGAAAUUUCACGUAGUGUUGGGGAUCAACUCAAAAUCUUGACUCAAAGUCCUGCGGAGCGGGCCGAGGUUGAGGCUCGAGAAGCGGAGUCUUCAACUCAACCUCAACACAAGACUCUGCCUCAUGCAUUGGCACGUGCCUCAGCACAAGGCUCGCAACUCCUGGGUACCCAAGACCCCCUUGGCGUAGCAUUGCAAAAAUAUGCCACGGUCCAAGAACGCCUUGGAGAUCAUAGAAUUAAGAUGGAUGCCGAAAUCACUCAAAAAUUUGUUCAACCUUUUAAUGUCACAUUGAAUACCAAUCUUCAGUACGCUAUGAAAGCCAGGAGAAAUGUUCAGUCUGCUCGUUUAUCCCUUGAUGCUGCGAAAGCAAGAAAUAAGAAUGCACGGCCUGAAAGGUCAGAGGCGGUUCGACUUGAGAUUGAACAGGCCGAAGACAAAUUCGUGGCAGCGGUUGAGGAAGCCACCACACUAAUGAAAUCUGUAUUGGAAACGCCCGAACCUCUCAGAAAUCUUUCAGAUCUGAUUAAUUCCCAAUUGGCAUUCUACAAAGAAGCAUAUGAAUCCCUUGCCAAUCUUGCACCCGAAAUUGACGAAAUUCAAGUAGCUCAGGAAUCCGAAUACAG